UUGACCGUUUCUUUUCUUUCUUCUAAACCCUCUUCUCUCUCCUCUUUCUCUCUCUAACCUUCAUCGUCGUCUCUUUCACUGUCUGUAAUCAAUCAAUCUUUCACUCUUCUCUGUUCCUUUCCGCCGGCCUAGAUUCAUCCCGUCAGGAUACUUUUUUGAAAUACUCAAGUAAUUCAAGCCUUGAAGUUGCUUCUUUUGCUUGAACAGCCCAGAGAAACCUUAUGAAUCUGGCAAGAAACACACAGCAAUAUCCUCGUGAUUUCGGUUUCGAUUCGAGCCUAACGAAUUCGUAGUGUCACAAACUUGUUUCAUACAAAGGGGACAAAUCAAGAUAUGGGAUGUUCCAUGUCAAAGCUGGAAGAUGAAGAGGCUGUUAAACUUUGUAAAGAUAGGAAGAACUUUAUCAAACAAGCUGUUGAGCAGCGGAGACGAUUAGCUUGUGGACAUCUAGCCUACAUCCAGUCGUUAAAACGAGUAUCUACCGCUCUUCGUGAGUAUGUCGAUGGAUAUGAACCUCGUGAGUUGUUGUUAGAUUCAUUCAUUACACCACCUUUCACACCUGUGAAGAAAACAAGUCCUGGUCUGAUAUCAAUAACGCCGAGGUCGUUUCCACAACUUCCGAUCGAGUCAAAACCGAAUCGAGUGGUGAAAGUAAACUACCUAAGAUCGGGAGGAAAUGGGGCAGUUUCUGUAGAAGAGAGACCUCAAUCACCAGAAAUAGUGAGAGUUCAAUCUUAUUCACCUAUGCAUCAAUAUGGAUUUGAUGGUUUCUUUCCAAUGCAAUCCCCACCAAUGAAUUCCUCAUUCUUCUCUUAUUCUCCUAACAACAGACCAAAUAUCCCUCCCCCGUCACCGACACCCGAAAGUUCGCAAUGGGACUUCUUCUGGAAUCCGUUUUCGUCGUUGGAUAACUACGGCUACCCUUCGAACAAUGGUCUCGAUCAUAUGGCAAUGGAUGAUGAGAUCAGAGGGCUAAGACAAGUUAGAGAAGAAGAAGGGAUUCCUGAACUGGAAGAAGACGAAACCGAGCAGGAAGACGAUGGCAAUAGCUAUAGGUGGGAAGACAACAGCAAUAGAGUAAAUACCAUGGACGACAGAACACGAACUGGCCAAAGUUGUUGUAGAGAGGAAGUUCUUGUCGAAGAUGUGGACGAGGAUGAAGAAGAUGAGGAUGAAGAUGAGGACGAGGAUGAAAACGAGGACGAAAUGAACCAUGAAAGCGAGAUGGGCCAUGAACUACAAGGCAUACGAUCUCGUGGUAAUGGGAAGAUCGACGUUUCAAGAGUCCAAAAUGCUGGACCUGUUGCAAGUACAAGCCAAGAAUCAGCAGUGGUCGAUCUCGAAUCAAAGGACGAAACACCGGGUUUUACUGUUUAUGUAAACCGAAAGCCAACGAACAUGGCAGAGGUUAUCAAAGAGAUAGAAGCUCAGUUUAUGACAGUUUGUAAUUCAGCUAAUGAGGUCUCAGCACUGUUAGAGGCUAGAAAAGCUCCCUACAUGACUACCUCAAAUGAACUUACAGCCAUGAAAAUGUUGAAUCCAGUAGCAUUGUUCCGCUCAGCUUCUUCUCGCUCUUCCUCAUCGAGAUUUCUAAUCAGCUCUUCUGCAACUAAGGACGAAAGUGGUUACGAGAGCACCGACGACAUAUCGGAAGAAUCCAGUUCGUUUUCACCCGGUCAUCAAUCAACAUUAGAUAGAUUAUAUGCUUGGGAGAAGAAGCUCUACCAGGAAGUGAGGUCUGGAGAAAAGAUUCGAAUCGCGUACGAGAAAAAAUGUAAUCAACUGAGGAACCAAGACGUUAAAGGUGAAGAUCCAUCUUCAGUAGAAAAAACAAGAUCUACCAUGAGAGAUCUGCAUACUCAGAUAAAGGUUUCGAUCCACUCGGUUGAAGCUGUGGCGAAACGAAUCGAAACGUUAAGAGAUGAAGAACUGCAACCUCAACUUCAAGAGUUGGUUCAAGGGUUAGCUAGAAUGUGGAAGGUAAUGGCAGAAUGUCACCAACUACAGAAGCUGGCGUUAGACGAAGCGAAGCUUCUACUUGCCGGUAUACCGUCGAAGUUGGAUGCUAGAAAGCUCUCUUCAUCUCGUGUCAUUGAGCCAAAUUGGCUAGCGCGUGCAUCAGCCAAUCUCGAGACAGAGCUCAGGAAUUGGCGUAGCUGUUUUGAGUCAUGGAUUGGUUCUCAACGAUCUUAUAUGCACGCAAUAACCGGAUGGCUUCUCCGCUGCGUAAACUCGGAUUCCUCCGACGUUACAAAGCCUCCAUUUUCUCCUCGUCGGUCAAAUGCAUCAGCACUUCCAAUCUUUGGAGUUUGCAUCCAAUGGAAGAGGGUCUUGGAUGAAAUCCAAGAGAAGCCAGUGCUAGAUGGACUUGACUUCUUUGCUGCUGGAAUGGGGUCGCUCCACGCACAACAACAGCAACGAGACGACGCUCACCGGAUACAAGUCGGGUCACAGAGUUCUGGGGGAGCGGAGGGAUCGAGCGGGAACAUGGAAAUGGUGGAGUUUGGGAAAGUUGAAGAUGAAAUGAGUGCUGAAAAAAUGGCUGAAGUAGCUAUAAGAGUGCUGUGUGCUGGAUUGUCAUUUGCUGUGAGCUCAUUGACUGAGUUUGCUAUCAGUUCUGCUGAUGGAUAUAGUGAUCUUCUUAAGCAAAGGACAAAAGGAGAUGAUAGCCACAAUAGGGUUUAAGUGGGAUUUGGAACAUAAUUUUACAAAUGCUUUAUUUGUAGCUUAGAAUUUAUUUGUUCUUUUUUGGUUGGGUUAGAAAGGUUAGAAAUUGGCUUCAGAAGAUGUAUUUAGUUGAAAUCUAACUUAGAUUGAUAUGAAGUAACUUGAAUGUAUUUUUCUAACCCUUUUCAGGAGCGAGUUAGAUAGUUCUUCGAUCAAA